UCACCUAUAUAUAUAAGCAUCAUCUUCCUUAUACAGAUCAUCGCAUGCCAAGCCCCAGCUAUACCUGUAUACAUUGGUGAUGAUCCCUCUGCCCUAGCUGGCUUCCUUAUGCCUGUCCACCUGCUAGCUGGCUUUUUUGGAAUGUUAAACUCUGCGGCCAUAGAUUUACAACAAAAACCAUCUUGGUCAGAGUUUUCUGGGUCCCAACAUGUGUGUUUACAGGGUGAAGCUACUUCAAAAAAAACUACAAUAGCUUCAGUGAUGGCAUCGCCAGGUCUUCGACUAAGACAGCUGAUGACGGAGACGGCAGCAAAUGGCCGGGACCUUCUAAGGUCCGUGAGCUGUGCUUGCAAAUGCUGCUAUCUAAAUGUAGAAGAACCGAUUAUUUCCGCAAUGCGCAUGCUUCAAUUACACCCAGAUGUGUUGGUUGCUGAGGGCAAGGCUGAUAUUGCGUUUUUUGAAUCAGAGGAUGGAUAA